GACAUGUCCAUCGGCGGCGAGCCCGCGGGCCGCAUCGAGAUGGGCCUCUUCGGUGGAGCGGUACCCAAGACGGCGGAGAACUUCCGCGCGCUCUGCACCGGCGAGAAGGGCUUUGGCUACGCCGACUCGCCGUUCCACCGCGUGAUCCCGGGCUUCAUGUGCCAGGGCGGCGACUUUACGAACGAGAAUGGGACCGGCGGGAAGUCCAUCUACGGGACCAAGUUUGAGGAUGAGAACUUCGACCUCGGACACGGCGGCCCAGGCACCCUCUCGAUGGCCAACGCGGGCCCAAACACAAACGGCUCCCAGUUCUUCAUCUGCACCUCCGACACCUCCUUUCUCGACGGCAAGCACUGCGUGUUUGGAAAGGUUACUUCAGGCAUGGACGUGGUGAAGAGGAUCGAGAAGGAGGGCUCGCAGAGCGGAGCGACGCGCCGCCCGGUCCGCGUCGCCGCGUGCGGCGAGGUGUGACUCUAGGGGAGGAAUGUACGCGCCCAGCCCCGCAGGCAUGGCCGCAGGGCGCAGCGGCCAGCGCCCAAAGCCGCCACGAGAGCACGAGCAGGAUCUACUUUGUGCGAAUGUCCAUGGAGCAUGCGAGCAUGGCAUACGUUUUACUAUUAGUUCAUGUGUGCGUCACAA